AUGAUUAUUGUGAUUCCUUUGGCCAAGCGGAGUGGCUUGAUCGAAUGGUGCGAGGGUACUCGACCUUUAGGAGCCUGGCUGGUUGGUGAUGAACGCCGUUUAGGCUUAUCUGUCGAGGAUGGAGUCGCUAGAGGGUCUGGUAACAUGGGUGCUCAUUUGCGCUACCGACCUGAUGACAUGAUUCCGGCUUCGGCUAAGAAAAUGCUGGUCUCUGUGCGAGACAAACCAAUCGACAAAAAGCUUUUUGUGUUCAAGGAGAUAUGCGAGAAACUCAAGUAUGCAUGCUUAGAAAGAAAUUACUUUUAA